CACUAUGUGCUCACGAACUACCGCGCACUACAAAUACGUAAACAUGGAUCAAUAGGUCAAACCUCUUUUGGUAUAUUUCAAAAGUAACACUUUACCCAAGCCACCUUUACAUAGUACUUUAAAGUUACCUGAUGAUAGUUCCUUGAAGAACUCGAAGGAAUCAGCUAUGUAUUUCAGGAAUGGAGUUACUUUAAAAAAUUCAGGCUGCCAGAUAUCUAAGUUCAGUGGCGAUUGUUCUGAUGAGGUUGCUAUGCUCAGAAAAAAAGUUGCCUUACUUAGUGAACAAAAUAAAACUAUCGAUGCUCAAUGCCGUACUUUGAGAGAGAAUCUGGUUAAAACCGAGAAUGAACUUACAAUGAUGGCUGAUCCUAUUGAAUGUUUUCAAAGCUCAAAACUAACCCAAAGUGCAGGCCGCUGCAAACAGAAAUCAUAUAAAAAUAUUCGUUUACUUUAUCAAAAGGUUUUUAAAUUGGAGACUCAACUUCAAGAUAAAGAUUCUCAGUACAACCGCUUGGUAACGGACAUGAAAUUUACUCGGACUGAAGAGUUGCGAAUACAGUUGAAGACUGCAUUUACAGAAAUCAAGCGGUUAAAAGAACAGAUUCAUAUUUUAUCAAAUCAGUGUCCAGAGAAAAAAGAGAAAUCUACCAUUAAACCAAAAACAAUUUUUUCCAGUGAAAACAAUGAGUCACAUUCUCAAAUUAGGAUUUUGGGGAGAGUGAUUAAAGAUUUAGAUCAGCAGAAACAAGAGUUGAUAGCAAAGAACCACUAUUUAGUGAAUAAAAUACAGAAGCUUUACAAGCGUUUAUCAUCAAAUGAUGUAAAAGAGGAUGUUACUCCUUAUCGUGCUUGUGAGAAUGAUGAGACUGAUGUGCAGACUUUAAAGUCCACUGAUGAUCAUUUGGUGGCUACCAUUGUUGAAAGUACCGUAUCGAAUAAAGUGACUAACGAAGCUCCUAAAGUCUCGACGAUUAUUCAGCAAGAUGAGGAAAUAGCAAAGGAAUUGGCAUUAGCGAAGUCACAAAUUGCUAAUUUGCAACAUAUAAACAAAACUUUGACCGAAUCCCACGAGAAUAUGAAGAAAGAGUAUGAAUUAAUGGAAAAGAAAGUGACAGAACAGCGAGCUGAAAUCCAAAAAUUCCAAAGAAAAGCCGUGCGAGAAAAUGAAUGUCAAACAGAAAUAUGAAACAACAAUUCACCGAUCUGGAAAAUAAUGUUCGAUUUCGAGAUAAUCUGAGGGCAAAUGAUAAUUUUAUGAACGUUCAUGAUUUUAAGCAAAUUUUUUCUUUUUUACUUCUUUUAGCAAUCUCUUUUUUGUUUCACUCAGUCGAAAUGAAUUUUCUAAAUAUUCAUUAGAGAAUUUUAUUAGUAAUCUUAUAGACAGUGUAAUAACAUGACAUAAUAAA